UCUCACCUGUAUACACGUGUCUACCCCCCUUCCCCCCUCCCUCACCCUACCCUUCCCUACUCCACCCUACUCACUUGUGCAUUAGUCAACAAGAGUUCUGAGCUGUGGGUAGGUGUUUACUUUCACACUAUUGUCGUGAUUUAGGGAACAGUUAUCACAGCAGGCUCUUAUGGUUUUUUAUUAGUCACACCACUUUUACUGUAAAGGUAUGUGUGUAUGUGUGUGUGUAACUUUACUUCGAUUUCUCCACCAUCGAAUACCUUAACUUUUUGCCCUUUUUCUGAUCUGUAGUUGAGAAUUUCCAUAUUAUGUGUCGCUGCGUACCUCUUUCAGUUUCUCCUUGAGGUCUUUGCCGCUGUUUUGUUGGUGAAUGCCAGGUUGAGGGUGAUUGUAGACUCUGUUACUCACUUGAAGUUCUGUGCCCUCUUUAAAAUAACCCUCCUGCCGGGCGUUCGCUAACUACACUGUGAGUUUAUUUAAGUCUUUCCACAUUUGUGACGUACAACUUGUCUGCAAGGUCAACCACAUAUCAUCUGUCUGGUUGUUCGUCUGUGUCUCUCAUGUGUUAUGUUAACGUGAUGUGGUAGGAUGGGGAGACUAGCAGCAACCAUCAGUACUGGAGGUCCCCGUCCGGCUACCCUGCUGGUGUGGUUGCUGUUGAUGGUGGUGUUGGCCGGAUCUUCGUCAGGAACCACUGAUGUCGGUUACGAGCGCCGCGACUACUACCGCUGUGGUCACAUCUUCAAGACUGCUUCAGUGCCUUCUCUUACUGCCUGCGCCGCCUUCUGUACUCAAGAGUCAGAAUGCACUGGGUUUAACAUCGGUAUCAAUAGAGGUCGGCAAAGGGAGUGUCAAAUCUCCAGCGAUGAUAUAGAGUGUGCCUACGACUCGACUUACCACUAUUACCGCAUCCCUCCACCUUUGACAACAACAACAGCUGACCCAACAACUACCACAACACUACCGACGUACAUCAUCGAAUUAAAAUACUUUCCAAUCAGCUCAAAGUCCUGCUCACCUGGACGCAUCAUCACCACCAUAGUGACAAAACCAGGAUAUCCUAACAUGACUGACAUCAUCGCGUUUGUGUGUAGCAAGUUCAAGAGUGGAAUUAGCUGCAGUAUCGAUGAUUUUGUAGAGUCUGUCACUACGGGCGACAUCAAUCAACCUGGUGCCGUAACCUGCCCGACCCAAUCUAUGUUGAUGGGGUUAGAGGGUAUAAAUAAUAAUGGUGGCGAAUCCUUCAUCAAGCCGGAUGUACUGCAGGGUAAUUGUCAUGCACUGAGUGUCUGCUAUGUGGAUGAAUCUCGCUGCCUGACUGUGUACGCCUCUCAUGAGCUAGUGACGUGGACAGACGGGAAAGACAAAGAUAAAGUGGACACAACUGUAUGGGACAACUACCUAACUUGCCCGGACAACUAUCUAGCCAACCAAAUCCAGAGGAAACAGACGGCCAGCGGAUGGCAAAUCUUCUCCAUGAACUGUUGCCUCAUCGUCUCCACCCCACCUUAGAGAACCUAUACGCAAGACCCCCGUGACUAUAGAUAUGUUCCUCCACGUCACGAAAUAGGGAUAAGUGAUCGUAUAUCUCACUACAAUAGCCUUGUCGUUGUAGCUUUCUUGAACUGGGGCUUUUAGGUACAGUUCCCUUCACUAAUAAUAAUAAUAAUAAUAAUAGUGCGUUUACAGGUGCUCAUCGAGUUUUGUGCAGUGUGGCAGCGCUGUGUUUGUUUACAUUCAACAGAAGGAAACUCACAAUAGUAAACACACUAUGGAAUUAAAGUAAAACAGUAUUCAAACAAAUAUCUCAAAAAUAAUGAUUUGUGGAAUGUUUAUAUGACGAGCCCCUGUAAACGCACUAGUGGAGGGGACUGUACAUUCGCACAUCACCAGUUAAAAGAGGAAAUCUAAAGUAAGUUAAUGAGUCCAAUGGCAGCUUUAGGACAGGAUAAUGUUAGGAGUACUGUACUGUAUUUACCCUUCUGAGUUGAACAGCAGAAAGGAUCUAGUUUAUGCACAAAGUCUAUCGUCGCAUUGACCUCACAAAGCAAAACUGAUUGUUACUGCACUUAUAAACACAACAGAAUGAUGUAUUAAGGGAAGGAAGAAAAGAAAGCUGCACUGAACUCACGAAGAAAAUUUGAACUGAGAAAAAAAUAUACUUAUGAAGAAAAAUUGAACAUCUGAAGAAAACUGAACUUAUGAAUAAAAACUGAACUUAUGAAUGAAAAAUAGACCAUUACACUGAACUUAUGAACAAAGAAAUUGAUACAGUGAAAUUAUAAAGAAUAUGGAAUAAGGAAUCAACUCCCCCCUCCCCCCCCAAAAAAAUACACCACAUGACAAAAAAAAUUACAAAACUAAUAAACCUUAUGAGAACUUGUCCCCUCCUUUGAUUUUUUUUUUUCAUUUUAAGUUUGGAAAAAAAUAUUAAAAAAUAAGAUAUAAAAAUAAAUUAAAGAAGAAAGAUGAAAAAAAAUUUAAGAAAAAAUUAUAACAAAGAUUUAAGAAAAUUAGGAUACUUAGUAAAGAAUAAAAUUAGAUGAAAAUAAGAUAACACAAAACAGAAAAAAACGGAAUAAAUUGAAUAACUUAAAACAAAUAAAAAAAAACCACGGAGAGGGUCGAUAAAUUUCAUAAUGAACACUGUGACUCCUGUUGUCUCUGUGGGGUUGUCAUAAGCCUUCGUCCGUUGUGUCAUAUUGUCUUACACAAAAUCAUAAAUAUACAUAUUUUGGAGGUGUUGUGUACAGUCUAUAUAUUCUGUUACAUAAACCAAAAACAAAAGUAGGAUCAUUUUUCUAAUUAUUUUAUUAAGUGUCAAGAAUUUGUUUACUUUUUUGUUAUAUAUAGUGUUCGUCUAUUUGUUCAUGCAUUGCCACAAAAGUCAAAUUUAUAACCAAAACAGAGAUUUUAUUACAGUUAAUUGGAAAUAAAGUUUUGAGCCUG